AUGUCGUCGACGCGGAUGGCCACGUCAUCAUCGAUGGCAUUAGUGGGCUCCUUACUCGCCAUCAUCAACGAGAUCUCCGCGCUCGGCGAUCGCCUGCGCAGCCACAAGCGCUCGUGUCAGAUUCUCAUCCGUCGGAUCAAGCUGCUCGCGCCGCUCUUCGAGGAGAUUAGAGACGUCAAGAGCCCGCUCCCGCCGGCGGCGGUGGUGGCGUUUCAGAGCAUGCGGGCCGCGCUUAGCGCCGCCAAGACCAUUCUCGUGGACUGCAGCAGCGGAAGCCGCAUCUGGAUGGUCAGUGCGCCUUACCUCCCUUCUCCCUACCGCCCUUCUUUCCCUAAUCCAUCUAUAUGGUCAGUCGACCUUAUCGAUCGUUACCCCUCGCUUUCCUUCCACCCCUCUUCUUACCUUACUCAUCUUGACAAUCAGGGUUGUAACGUUGCACCUUGCUCCUCGCAUCGCAUCAUCUUCCUGCGUCCUCGCUUUCCCGCCACAUCAUCUCCUCCCUCCCCGCGCUCCCGCCCUCCCCGCGCUCCCGCCCUCCCCGCGCUCCCCGCUCACCCCGCUCUCCCGCAUUUCACUCGCCCCUACGCCUCGCGCCUCUCUGAUGUGAUGGAGCGCGAGGCGAUGGCGGAGCGCAUGCGCGCGGUGAACCUGGAGCUGAGCGGCGCGCUGGCGGACCUUCCGAUGAACGUGAUGGCGAUCUCGGAAGAAAUCCAGGAGCAGACGCAACUCGUGCAAGUGCAGUUGAAGCGCAGCCGAGCAUUGGACGACGCGCAGGAAGAGCAGCUAUAUGCCGACGUGCGCCACAUCCUCUCUGACCCGCGCCUGGGCGGCCCUCCCCUCAACAGCUCCGCCCGUCACCCCGCCCCCGCCGCUGCUGCUGCUGCUGCUGCUGCUUCCCAGGGGGAAGUUGACGGGUCAGGACCGAUGAUUGACCUGUCUGCCGUGCCGCGGUCGCCGCACCCCUCUGCUCCUCCUCCCUCCCCGGCCGUUCUCUCCGCCUUCCCCGCCUUCCCUCAUACACGUGCGGAGAUUGACAAGGGUGCUGCUUCUGCUGCUGGUGUUACGAUCACAGUGUUACCGUCUGGUGUGACAGGAGAGGAAGGGGCAGGGGCGGGAGGGUCUGCAGCAGGAGGAGCAGGGGGGGCAGCUGGGCGGUUUCCGUCAUUACCCUCGCUAAGUUCCGUGGAAGCAGGGUUACUAGACCCGGUUUUGGGCAAGCUAGGGCUGAUCUCCCUGCCUGCUGUUCUCGAGGAGAUAGCCUCGCUAAAACGAGCGCGGGAUCAGCUUAUAGAGGAGACGGAUGCAGCAGUGGCAAGCGGCAAAGGGGGUGGGGGUGGGGAAUCUGCAAUGGAACGGCUGAGGCUGCGACUAAAUGAGGAGCUCAGGAAGGGGGCAGAGAUGAGUUUUUCAGGAGAGGAGGAGGGAGGGUCUAGUGGGGGGCGAGGGGAAGGGAAAGAGGAGGGCCCUUCUGUUUCUUCCAAGUCUCUGUUUUCACCCAAAAGUGCAGUUUCUUCUAGAGGGGGGGAUGGGAGGUCGGGGGAUGGCAGCGUGUGUUCAAGAGCGGAUGCAGAGCGGAGGGUUACGUUGGAGAGUAGAAAGAAUGAGAAGCUAAGGGAGGUUGAGAAGAUUAUACUGUUACUGGAGCGGCUUAAAGUGAGUCUAAGCGGAGGGAUGGAGGACAGGGAGGAGGGGAGCGGUGGAAUGAGGAAGUCGGGGAGUGGGGAUGGGUCGGGAGGGGAGGAGGGGAAUCCGGAGGAUGGGGUGGAUAGGGGCGGCAUCGGCGUGGGCACUGGGUCGGCGCUGCGGUCGAAGUCCGGGCGGCUGGUGGUGCCUCCGGAUGACUUCCGUUGUCCUAUCUCGCUGGAGAUUAUGAGGGAUCCGGUGAUCGUCUCUACAGGCCAGACGUACGAUCGAGCGUACAUAGAGCAGUGGCUCAAGGAGGGUCACAAGACGUGCCCCAAGACGCAGCAGAUCCUAUCCCAGCCCGCCUCGCUCAUCCCCAACUUCUCCCUGCGAAGCCUCAUCCAGCAAUGGUGCGAAGCCAACAAUGUUGAACUACCCAAGAGAACGCACAAGUCAGGCCACAGGCACCGCCAUCACAGCAGCAAGCAUGGUAGCAGCAGCAGCAGCAGUGGUGGUGGUAGCAGCAGCGGGGGUAGAAGUGCGGGUGGGAGCGGUGGGGGUGGUGGGUCCGGUGGGGGAGCAGGUGGGACCGGGGACGGAGGCUCGGCGGAGAUUUCGCUCUCGGAUCGACAUCAGGUGAUGCAGCUUCGGGACCGGCUUCGCUCGCCGGAUCUGGAGGUUCGAAAGGGUGCUGCGGUUGACGUAAGGCUGCUGGCGAAACGAAGUGUGGAGAACCGGGUUGCAAUGGCCGAAGGAGGCAUCAUUCCCCUCCUGGUCGAAUUACUCACUGACCCUCUCCCAGCUGAUGCCAAAAUGCAGGAGCAUACGGUUACCGGGUUACUAAACUUGUCAAUCAACGACCCGAACAAGAGCCUGAUUGUCUCAGCUGGAGCCAUCCCGGCUAUAGUUCGGGUUCUGGAGAAAGGAGGCAGCAUGGAGGCUCGAGAAAACGCGGCAGCGGCGCUGUUCUCGCUCUCAGUCAUGGAUGAAAACAAGAUUUCGAUCGGGCAGGCGGGAGCGAUACCGGCCCUGGUGGACCUGCUUCAGCAUGGGUCAACUCGGGGAAAGAAAGAUGCGGCUACUGCAAUCUUCAACCUGUCGAUCUACCAGGGGAAUAAGGCAAGGGCUGUGCGUGCCGGGGUGGUUGCGCCUCUUGUGGAUCUGCUCGUGCAUCGUCGAUCGGGCAUGAUGGACGAGGCUCUUGCGAUCCUGGCCGUCCUUUCGACGUCCCCAGAGGGGCGGACGGCGAUAGGAGAGGCGACUGCAGUGCCUAUUUUAGUGGAGCUUAUGAAAGAUGGGUCUCCGAGGAACAAGGAGAAUGCGGCUUCGGUGCUGCUCUCGCUGUGUUUGAACGGCAGGGAGCACACGGAGCUUGCGGUGCAGUGCGGUGCUGUGCCGCCGCUGCAGCUGCUGCUGAGGAGUGGCACGCCCAGGGCUAAGCGGAAGGCGUCUCAGCUUCUGCAGCACCUGCAGGACCAGGAGCUAAUGUCCAAGAGGAGUUAA